UCUACUCUAAUCAUUGCUUGCAUUGCUUAUUAAUUGUCUUUGUUUAUUAAUUUCAUACAUGGCAUUGUUGUAGUAUUCUCAAACUGUAGUUCAUUCAAACAGGGCCUUCUUACAGCCAUAAACAAUGUAUUCCCCAAUUGCAAACAAAGAUUCUGCCUUAGACAUAUUUAUCAGAACUUUCAAACUGCUGGUUUUAGAGGGGAAGAGUUGAAGAAAUACAUGUAUCAGGCAAGUUAUUCCUAUACUGAGCAUGGUUAUGUAACUGCAAUGGAAGGCAUGAAAAAGGAGUGUGAGCCAGCUUGGAAAUGGCUAUCUAGGAUACCAAAACAUACAUGGUCUAGGCAUGCCAUGGACAACAAUUGCAAAACUGACUUGGUAGUGAACAAUAUAAGUGAAGUUUUUAACAAGAUGAUACUUGAUGUCAGAGCCAAACCCAUUAGAACUAUGGUAGAUGGGAUCAGGACAAAGCUGUUAGUGAAGUUCAAUGCAAAUAGGACAAAGACUGAGACUGCUAAGUGGCAGAUAUGCCCAACAUAUGCUGAGAAGCUAGAGGAAGCAAAACAUCAUUCUAGGUUUUGUCAGUCUAUCAAAGCUGGACCUGAUCUCUUCCAGGUGACAAGUGGAGAAAGCACAUAUGCAGUUAACUUGUUGCUACAUACAUGUGGUUGUAGGAAGUGGGACAUGUGUGGAGUACCUUGCAAUCAUGGUGUUUCUGCAAUCAACAAGGCAAAACUACAGCCAGAAGAUUUUGUUCAUGAUUUCUUCAAGAAACCAAUGUAUAAGGCAGCUUAUAGUCCAAUAGUUUUCCCUGUGCCUGGGCCUGAUUUGUGGCCAAAGACUAGAACCCCUGACAUUGAACCACCAGUGUUCAAAGAAAAGCCAGGAAACAAAGAGACAAAGAGGAGAAAGAGCAAGUUUGAAAAGCCAGCUCCAAAGGAUACAUCUAGGAUGGGAACUAUCACUUGUAGCAAUUGCAAUAGGACUGGGCAUAGAUACACUAGUUGCAAGCAGGCUCUUAAACCAUCCCUAGCUAUGAGAAUGAACCAGCACCAGGAAAACAGGAGAGAUGAUACACCCAGAACUGUAUCUGCUCCUGCUCCCAUGCCACCAAGGAGAAGUGCUCCUUCUGCUCCUGCUGCUGCUCAAACUGCAGCUCCAGCUCCACCAGCUCCAAGGGCUCCAAGGGUAUCAAGGAGAGCUCCUUCUGCUCCUGCUUCAGCUCCCAGUGCACCAAGGAGAUCUCCUUCUGCUCCUGCUUCAGCUCCCAGUGCACCAAGGAGAGCUCCUUCUGCUCCUGCUGCAGCUGCUGCUCCUCCUGCUACAAGGGCAACAAAGAAAGCUAAAACUACAAGGACUGCAACUUCUACUGCUGGUGCUGGUCCAAGUUCUACUGCUGGUGCUGGUCCAAGUUCCUCUACUGCUGCUGGGCCAAGAGGAAGAAACAAGUUCAUCCCCCCAAGAGUUGCAGGUAGUGGAAGAGUGAGGAAGCCAUCCUUUAAGAUGUCUGAGUGGUUCAACUGUUCUCAAGGGAGCAGGUGAAGUUGUGUUAAUUUGUGGUCAAAACUUGUGUUGCUUCUGGUUGUCAUGAGUACUUUCAUGUUCUAAACAUGUUCUAAACAUCUUUAUUCUGGUUGUCAUGAGUACUUUCAUGUAAGGUACCUAGUGGACUUGUUGGUCUGUGGUGAGCUGAUGAUGUUCAAGACAUCUUU